GAAUGCAUGAUAAAUGCACGAGUCUUAAUAUGUUAAAACUCCUAACGUUGUUUUAAUCCAUCAUAUGGUCUCAUUUAACAUAGUCUUAAACUAAACACAAUGUUGGUGUAAAUGUACCUUAGGAGACACUUGUAUAUCCUGCAUGUUUAUUCUGUUACAUGCGCGUUCCUUGUCUCCCCAUCGAAUAUAUGUUUAUAUGACACUGCAUCAAAACCUGCGACGGCAGCUAGCUAGCGGGCUAGUUUGCUACACAUUCAAGCGUUCAAUAAUUUAAUUCACGUAUGACAAUUAAAGACCGAUAAAACUGAGAUGAGAUGUUCCCCGAAGGAGCUGGGCCAUACGUGGAUCUUGGCGAGACAGGCCGGGGGGAGUUCAUGGACCUGGCCACCAAUGAGAAGGCAGUUCAUGCAGACUUUUUCAAUGAUUUUGAAGACCUUUUUGAUGAUGAUGAUGUCCAGUGAGGAAGAUUAUGGGUUUAUUUUUUUGGGGGAGAAUUUUUUAUUUUUUUUACAAGGUGAUUGAAUGAUAGAGUGGAUGAUUUUCUGGGACUACAUGGAAAACUGACUAUUUAAACUCUAAUGACAUACAAUUUACAUUCAGCCAAAUAGCCAGUUCUAGGUUUUAACAAAAUCGCCACUGCUGCCACCAGAUGUUGCACGAUUCCCCCCAAAUAUGUUGGAAUGUUCCAAUUUAUGAGUUGACAACGUAGCUUCAACAGACUUCCAAGCUGGAUUGUAGGUUUGUCUCUAUCGCUCUCUCUCCCCUCUUCUCUCUGAGAACACCUGCUCCUCAGGCAUGUGGAGCAUAAUUAUAUACGGGAUGAUCCCAGAGCCUCCGAUGCAGUCAGAUUGCAGAUGGCAGAUGAUGAAUGGGGCGCCGCAAAGAAUCGCUUAAAUGAUUUGUAAUGACGAAUAAAAGCCUGACAAUAAUGGUAGUUCCUAGGUUUUAUAUAUGGGCACAGUGAGGCUUGAUGGAUAUAGUGGCUUAGAUUAAUAUCCUGUUUCAUUUGGUCUCCAUUGGUUACAUAAAUGUUAAGGAGAAAGAUGAGAAAAUGCAUAUAUCACUUCUCCAUGCAUUUGGUUACCUUGGAAAUACUAGAGCAGGACACAGUAUAUUAUAAAGCUAUAUAUACUGUAUAUACAGUACCAGUCAAAAGUUUGGACACACCUACUCAUUCCAGGGUGUUUAUUUAAAAAAAAAAAAAAAAAUUCAACAUUGUAGAAUAAUAGUGAAGACAUCAAAACUAUGAAAUAACACAUAUGGAAUCAUGUAGUAACCAAAAAAGUGUUAAACAAAUAUAUGAUGACAGCUUUUGCACACUCUUGGCAUUCUCACAACAAAAUGUCAAUUGUACUCCACAAAGAAUUACAUGAAUAAUCUGUAUUUUCUAAAGUAAACAACUGAAGCACAAAGUUUGAGUAUGUUUAAUGUUGAUUUAUUGGUGUGAUCCAAUUCCACCAAACAUUGUAAUAGGCUAUGCUAUGAUUAAUUGCUCAGGACACAAUAUUCCAAAUCCAACAUUUAAAUAAUUCUUGGCCUUUAGAAUUAACACUUUCCAUGUCAACAAAUUAAUAUUUAUUUUUAAACAAGUGUGGAUGACGAUGGUGCUACGUCACAGAACAUUGAGAUAGAACUCUGUUCUGUGGAACAGAUUUGAUUGUGACGUUGAAUAAAUAAUAAUAUAAGCUCUAUUCAUUCCCAUAGCUGUGGGAUGCAGGGGUGCUGAGGGUUACCCUGAGAUGGAUAUUCUUUUGUGCACUGGGACUUUUUUGCUCCUGUGUGAGCGGACAAAAAAUAGUUUCAGUACCCCCACCACUAAACAUCUUUCAGAAUGUUUCACCUCGUUGACUGACCACUGUACGUGUUCUCUUCCCUUGGUGGUGGCGUGUAGUUCGUCAAACGAACACGCAAGAGAACACGUGAAAAACUGCUUACAUGAAAGUGGUGGUAGGACCUCAUCGUUUUUACAGCAAGGGUCUGUUUUAUUUUUACGAGUUUUCAGGGUCCACAAGUGUUAAGAAACCGCUUUAUGGGGCUUUUCACACAAAUUUCCCUGGCCAUAAUGUUUCCAUGAGUAUAACAUCUUUGCCAUUAACAAUAUGGUUACUAUUAACUUAAGAGUUGUUUUCAAGGCAACUGGUUCAUUGACCUAUAGAAUGCCUCCGUGCAUGGAAGACUGAGGAGGGAAUGUCUUCACUUUGCACAUGGUCCAUUUCAUGAUCCAUACAUUCUAUACUCCAUAUUAUUCAAAUGUUGCAUAGCCCUUUUCCCACCUUCCAUGUCGCAUGACGUUUGCUUAUGAAUGGUUGAUGAAGCAUCUACGAAGGCCUUAUGAAGGGUCAUUGAAGGCUUCAUAAAAGCUUUUCAAGUUGAUUCCAACAGAACCAGCUCAGUGCCACCGGUCCCGGUUGGCAUGUUUCCAGGUGUCAGUCAGAGCUCAGGUAGUGUGCUCAUAAAGGUCUCUGAUUGGACAACAGUCGCUCUCUUCAGUUGUGUUUCCAGGAAAGAUGGUGUAAAAAGUUAAGAUGGUGUAAUGGUCAGUAUUAUUCAGCAUUCUUGGGACUUAACAUUAAAUUAAAUGUCAACUUCAUCAAUGGGGUAGGGACGUCCAAACGUGUCUGGAUCGCACGGACCAUAGUUUAACUGUAGGACCCUUUUUUGGUUAUUUUAAAUCUGUGUAAUUCUGUCCUUGAGCUGUUCUUGAGCUGUCUAUUAAUUAAUGUAUUAAUUAGUGUUCUGUAUUAUGUCAUGAUUUCUGUGCACCACCAGGAAGAGUAGCUGCUGCUAUCGCAACAGCUGAUUGGGAUUCUAAUUAAAUACCAGAGGAAUGUGUUAUGAGAUAUAUGACUAGCUAUUGACCAGGGCUGUCUCCUGCUGGAACCUGCUGGAGACACUGCACAUAUAGUGGUAGAAGGUAGGCUGUAUCUAUGGCUGCGUGAGGGAUCUUUACAUUCUAUUAUACUACACUAGAUGUUCUGUGAUAAACAACACAGUCAGAGACAAGUUGACUGUUUUUAGGGUUUUACUGAGUGAAUCAGCUCCAAGAUCCAUAAUAAUGGCUGUUCUAUCCAGAGACGAUGAUUGUUGUCUUGAUUGAUAUUUAUAGCCAUCUUAAACCCAAAUUACAAAUCGGUGUAAAACAAAUAAGGUACAUCAAAAUGGUAUCCCGUUAAUCGGGUAUUUAUCUACCCAGGGGACUUGCUGUUCAGUUGGGGUAAUUACAGGCCCCCUAUUGGUCCAUCAGCUGGCUGUACAGGAGCCAAUACCGGAGCUUGUAACAGCAUGCUCCAGCCAUACGACAUGCCUUUUUGUUUUUUAAUGAUCAAGAAGCUCCUUAAAAAUGUUGCCCUGCACUCCUCUCCCAUACAAGGGAGCAGAAAGGUAGGGUGCGCACACAGCUCGGUGAGCUAUACCCCCUCCACCCCCCCAAACCAAUCAACUCAGAGAGCCACUGGCUCCUUCAGGAUCUCAGGAGGGCAGAGCUUCACUUGAACAACAGGAGACAGACAAAGCUGAAAAUGGCACAGGCAGGAAGAGCGUUUUCCCUGAUCUACACUGGAAUCCUCCUAGUGUUAUCACCAGAGUUUCUGGGGGCCGGCCCGGUGAGACAGAAUGUGGAGGAGGAAGAGGCAUCUUCAGUAUCCAGGGAUGUCCGCAGCAAGAGGAGUCUUCCUGUUCACAUGCCCGUCCUCCAGCGGCUCCCUGACUUCUGGGGAUGGUACAGAUUCUUCAUGGAUACUGGCAACCAGGAAGGAAUCGAGGAUCUGGACAAGAUGUACAUGAUCUACCUUCAGAACAAGCACCGCUCCGAGGAGGGUCCCACCUUCAACCACUACCUCACCCACCUCAGUGCUAUCUACAAGACCUGCGCCGAAUCCGACGACCCAGAGUGCAUCGCCGAGUCCACCAGCAAGCCCAAGGCCAAGGUGUUGAUGCCCUCGCCCAUCAAGACCGCCACAGUCGGAAUGUGCAACCCUUAUAUCGACCCCUACUGCCUCUUCCCCAUGGCCCCUAAGAUGGCUGCCCCAAAGCCUCCUCUGACUCCAGCCCCGGCUCCGGUCAAAGCUGCCCCAGUGCCUGUCCUGACCCCCUUCCUGCCGUACCCUUUGAAGACCCCCACAGGGUUCUACGCCCCAGUCCUGGAGCCCUUCCUCACCGCUGAGCAGAAGACAGAGCUGCUGCGUAUCUGUAACCCUGACGACACAGAGUGUCUGCAGUACCACCUGCGCGCCGCCUACGGCUACAGGCCCGCUACUGGACCCGCCCCGUCCUAUGCUGCCCUGGGCUGCAAUCCCACCAAGGACCCCUACUGCCGGCCUCAGCUGGUGAAGAAGGGCCCCUCCGGCUUCUUCCACCUGUACCCCACCUGCGACCCGGCCACCGACCCCCUGUGCAUGGCUAGCGUAGCGACCCCUCGUCCCGCUUCCCUGGAGACCCCCAAGGAGCAGCACUGCAACCCCCUCUUCGACAAGGGCUGCAACCCCCUCACCGCUACCAAGCUGGCGGGCCUCACCAAGCCCGUCCUGGAGUACACGCCAAAAGACGUACCGGCACCAGCCACCGCCCCUUUGGCGUGUGACUCGCGCUACGACCCAUACUGCCUGCUUGGUGCUGCCGCCGCCCUCUAUAAGCCCCCCCCAGCGCUGCCUCAGGUCCAGAUCCGCUCCCGCCUGGGCGUCCUCGGGAAGACCAAGGAGGGCCAUGACUGCUACGUGCACUACGACAAGGACUGCACUCCUGUGAAGGCCAGCGACGAACCCAAGGCCCCCGCCGUACCCCAGUGCCACCCCUACGACUUCACCUGCAACGGCAUGUCCGCCCCCGCUACCCUCACCGCUGAGGCCAACAAGCCCAAGAGCGGUGUGAUCUUGCCCGAUCCCGACUGCGACCCUGAAUAUGACUACAACUGCCGGCUUCGUCGCGCCGAGGACUCCCCCGCUGCGAUGGAAUCAGCGGCCAAGGAGCCCAGGAAGGAGCAGGUGCAGCAGAAGGCAGGGCCCGGGUAUGCUGUCCCACAGUUCGAAGACCUCCUGAGGAAUUACAUGGCCAUGGGUCAGUACAGGAAGAAGUACAUUUAAAAAAAACACACGUCACACAAAUGUCAACUAGACGCUAGAACGCUAGAACUGGAAGAAAGUGAGACAAGUUCAUGUUUUACACACACACACACACACACACACACACACACACACACACACACACACACACACACACACACACACACACACACACACACACACACACACUCUCUCUCACGGUCCUCCCAAGGUAUUAAAAUAUCUCCCAUGGUCCAAUACUGCUAAAGCAGGACAACUAGUGUCUUAUCAACAGGAAGUUCCAGACCUGUAAUAGUUAAUCUGAUUUGCUCAAUUACAGUGCCUGAAGAUAUAUCAUUUUACUGACUGUAAUAUCCUGGCUAUCCUGAAACCCAACAUGAGUCCCUCUAGGUUUUAUGGUCCCAAAGACGUCUAUGUGAAAGUUGCGCAUUUAAUACUACGUUUGUCUUGUAGAAAAAAAAUCUGUAUUGUGUUUGUAGAAUAGGGGGAAGCUAGCAGACUUGAAUAUGGUCUAAUCUAAAUUUGUGUCAGUAUGUUGGUAUGUUUUCUGUGGUUGUACAUUGUCCAUUUCCAGUGUUUUGUGAACAUUGUCUCUCCUGAGUGUAUUUAAUGUUGUUUUCAUAGUAUAUCUAAAACCUGUCAACCUCAAACCCUUCCGCUCGUUAGUUUGUUAAUUUUAUUUCCAAAUAAAACGUUUUGAAACAAGC